CUUUGCUGUCAAUUCCAGACAAGCUACACAGAUAAAGGAGAGAAGCACACAAGGGGAAGGUUUGUCAAGUUUCAUCAUGUCACCUUCUGGGUCGGCAAUGCCAAACAGGCAGUCUCGUUCUACAGUGAUAAGAUGGGCUUCGAGGCUUUUGCCUAUAAGGGUUUGGAGACUGGCAGCCGAGAGAUGGUCUCUCAUGUCAUCAGACAGGACAAGAUACUAUUUGUGUUCGAAUCUCCACUAAAUCCUGGAAAUAAAGAGAUGGGAGAACACUUGAUUAAGCAUGGCGACGGAGUCAAAGACAUCGCCUUUCAGGUGGAGGACUGCGACUUCUUAAUUAAGACAGCCAAAGAGCGAGGAGCUGUAAUUGUCAGGGAGCCCUGGGAGGAGCAGGACAGCCAUGGGAGGGUCAAGUAUGCGGUGGUUCAAACGUAUGGAGAUACAACGCACACACUCAUUGAGUACCUCACUCCCUACAAAGGCCUUUUCCUGCCGGGCUACAAAGAGCCUCUGUUCAGGGAUCCUCUGUUAGCCACACUUCCACCGGGAGGUUUAAACUUCAUUGAUCACAUGGUGGGAAACCAGCCAGAUGAUCACAUGGUACCAAUUUCAGACUGGUACCAGAAUUGUUUGCUGUUCCAUCGGUUCUGGUCAAUAGACGAUAAGCAAGUCCACACGCAGUACAGUUCACUGAGGUCUAUAGUGGUGACCAACUAUGAAGAGACCAUCAAGAUGCCCAUCAACGAACCUGCAAGGGGGAAGAAACUAUCACAAAUCCAGGAAUACGUGGACUACAACGGGGGACCAGGUGUUCAGCACAUCGCCCUCAACACAUCAAACAUUAUCCAAGCAGUAGUGAACCUGCGCGCCCGGGGGAUGGAGUUCCUCGCAGCGCCCGACAUUUACUACAGCUCACUGCGGGAGAACCUUAAAACCGCCAAGAUCAAGGUGGAGGAGGACCUCGACCGUUUACAGGAAUUGAAAAUCCUCGUCGAUUUUGAUGACAAGGGCUACCUUCUUCAAAUCUUCACCAAACCCGUGCAGGACAGACCGACCCUUUUCCUGGAGGUCAUUCAGCGGAACAACCACUCUGGCUUUGGGGCAGGAAAUUUCAAGUCUCUCUUUGAGGCCAUUGAGAAGGACCAGGAGGCCCGGGGCAACCUCACUGUGCUGACACCCUCAGGGCAGGACGAAGCCUUCCACUGAACCCCGGUCUGCUGCUGCCACGCCACACUCGGCCUGUUGUAUACGGCUGUGCACUUCAGGGGCAAUUAACCACACCGGAUAUCAAACACGCGCCGGACAUCUGCACGUGACGACCUGCAAGUGCUGUUCGAUGUGCUUAUAAGUUGUUUACAUUCCGUAUUCCGUACGACUG